UCGAUAUUUAUGCACUCCCACUACGAAUAUUCUAGAUUUUAAGCGAAUUUUUCUUAUUUAAGCGAAACCAAACAAACUAAUCAUGGAGCAAUGCUAUAACAGAGGCUGUGGCCAACUCUUCGAUCCGGCAACCAACAACGAUGAAUCUUGCCGGCACCAUCCGGGCGAACCCUUCUUUCACGACGCCUACAAAGGAUGGGGCUGCUGCAACAAGAAGUCGGUGGACUUUACCGAGUUCCUCAACAUCAAGGGCUGCACAUUGGCGAAACACUCGAAUGUCAAGCCUCCAGAGCCGGAGAAGCCAGUUAAGGAUGAUUCCGACAAGGACGAGGUCAUUGAAGUGCGUGCUCCGAUCCGCGAAGCCCUGCCCCGACCGCCCAUUGCAACUCGGCUGACCGUCCUGCAACCGACGGUGGCUCCCGCCUUAAAAGAGAUCGUUUUCGCGACCAAGACUCCGGUGGCUCAGAAAUCCAGCGACUCCAUCGAUGUGGGGACCAGCUGCAAGAAUAGUGGCUGCACAUACUCCUUUGCCGGGACAAGCAGCGACUUUGGCGAGUGCACCUACCAUCCGGGAGUGCCCAUCUUUCACGAGGGCCUGAAGUUCUGGUCCUGCUGCCAGAAACGAACCUCAGACUUUGCCCAGUUUAUGGCGCAAAAAGGUUGUGCCUAUGGUCAGCACAAGUGGGUAAAAGAGAAUGAUGACAAAAAAGUUGUGCAGUGCAGGUACGACUGGCACCAGACGGCCAUCAAUGUGGUAGUGGCCAUUUAUGCCAAGAAAUAUGACUGGAGUCAGAGUCUGGUGGAGCUGAAUCCCAUCAGAUUGCACGUCAACCUGGUGUUUCCAGAGCAGGAGAAUGCCCGGUUUGACCUGGACCUGGAAUUGCGCGGUAUUGUCAAUGUGAGCAAAGCCUCUGCCCAUAUGUACGGCACAAAAGUGGAGAUUACCCUGCCCAAACUGGAGCCUGGCUCAUGGUCCAAUCUGAAUUUCCCCAACAAGAAGCUGCCAGCGGCCAAGAAGGCCCAGGAUGAGGAGAAGCCAAAGCAGGAGGACAGCGAUGAAGACUUCUUCGACCUGGACGACAUCAAAUCGGAGACCAGUUACCGCCUUUCGGAAAUGAGCUUGCAGAACCAAAAUAACUUAGAUUAAUAAACGAGUUGGCAUUUAAUGUUAUAUACAAUACACGAAUAUGCCUUG